AUGGAAGAAGAGGAGUCUAGAGGGCAAAAUGUUUCAUACAAUGAUACAAGUGAUGCUGAUGACAGUUUUGAUGACAUGUUUACGGAGAAUUUGGAAGACAGCCAAUGGCUUCAGAAAGUCAAAUUGGUAAUGACCAGCAAACACACAGAGAGACUGGAGGCCAAAGUGAGAAACAUUAAAUUAUAUGGCUCCUCCUUUCAUUGCCUGAAACCUAAAAGCUGGAUAACUGAUGAGGUUAUUGAUGCAUAUUUGAGCUGUGUAGUUGAGAAAGCAGAUGGAAAGGUAGAAGCCAUCUCAGCAGUAGUUUCCACUGUCAUUCUCUCAGGAAGAGCUACUCAAAUGAAAGUGAAGAGUGAAUUACUUCAAAAUGAUAUAUUAUUGCUUCCUUACCACACACCAGGUCAUUGGGUUAUUGCGAUAGCCUUGAUGGAAAAAAAGGAAUUGUUAAUAAUUGACCCCUUGUGUGAUGAGAUCAGAUAUGAAAGGACAUGCCUGAGGAAUUGGAGAAACUUCAUAAAACGAUUAACUAGUAAAUCCUCAUCUGAUUGGAACAGUAAAAUUGUUCCGCAUCCAAGACAAAGUGAUGGCCACAACUGCGGACCACUCAUCUUAAAGUUUGCAGAAACGUAUUUGCAGCACAAAGACUUCAGUCUUGGUAGAAACAACCCAAGGGGCUACUACUGCAUUUAG